GCGGCGGAGCGCAGAGAAAAGAGGUCAUUGAUUGAUUCCCGGUGCAGAGGAGUCAGAGCCCUUCCGCCACUUGGCCGCUCUUCCUCAGAAGAAUUCACCACUCACGAACCUAUUCCCCAUCUCCACCCUGCUAUCCUCUUCCAUUUAUCUCUCAAUCUCCCAACCCCUCCUUCGUCUUCCCUUCUUUCCUCUUGUUGUAUGUAUCUCAACCAACCCCUUCUUCUCGUAUUCAUCACCACCAGCCACUAGCUGAGUGACGGUCGCCAUUCAGUAGCUGCCAUGGGGGGGAUCAACAAGCAGCAGGAGGUGGUGGUCGCCAAGCACCGUGCGAGACGGCGGCGGAAGAUGGUCGCCAAGCAGCACGGCCGAAAGCCCCGUUGUCGCGUUGCAGCAGCCGACGCCGAUGCUGCAUCUGGCUCCGUGCUGGACUUGAGAGUGCCAGCCCUUGAUCCUGGUCAAGCUGUGGGUGGGUUGAGAUUUCUUCUGCAAAAGGAGCUCAGAAACAGUGAUGUUAGCCAACUCGGAAGAAUUGUUCUGCCAAAGAAAGAAGCAGAGGCCCACCUUCCCUGCCUGACAUCCAGGGAAGGCAUUAUGAUAAACAUGGAUGAUCCGGACAACCUUCAAGCCUGGACCUUCAAAUACAGAUUUUGGCCUAAUAAUAGGAGCAGGAUGUACGUACUGGAGAACACUGGGGACUACGUCAAGAAGAACUGUCUUCAGCUUGGAGAUUUUAUCUUGAUAUAUAAGGAUGACAGCAAAGACCGAUACGUCAUUAGGGCGAAGAAGACAGGAAGUGCAGAGCUUUGUGUCGCACCUGCAGAUGAGGGGAUUUUUGACUCCAUCGUGCCAGACAUUGUAGUCGGCAGUGCCCGAUACUCCGAUCUCUUCUUGCCACUGGCUGAGGGUAUCAACAUCGCAUAUGGCUAUGGCCUGAGCUGUGCCUUCGACGAAGACUUCCCCAUGACCUUCCUUGAUGAGAGUACUGGAAGUGCUUCAAUUGCUUCUCACAAGUCUAGUGAUCAUUAAUCUGUCAUAAACAAGUGCAAGAUUUACUCUAACAUGGGGAUGCCAUAAACAGAGGAAAUUGAAC